AUGAUGACAGAAAAAAAUAAAGCACUUCCAUAUCAUGAACAACCAGAACAUCCAAGAACUAAAUCAUCUGUAAUGACAGAUAUGAGAAAAACUAACUUAGUAUAAAGGUCUACAAUCGAUAAUUAAAACAAUGAUUUACUUUAAUAAAUUUAAAGUCUUUAAUUACAACUAGAAAAUAAAUCAAAAGAAAUUAGAAUGUUAAGAAAUGAAAAGAAUGAAUUAACUACAAAAUUAAUGGAUGUUUCAUAAAAAGUUUAAUUUAUUGAAACAAAAGAAUUCACCAGUAGCGAAAAUACUGUUAAUGUUAUUAAAAAUUUAGAAAAAUAAAUAGAAGAAGUAUAAUUUGCAAAUACAGAUUUAAGGUAAAAAUAUCAAUAAAAAUAAAAAAAUAAAUUUAACUUAAAAGAGCUGACUUAAGUAAUUAUAAAAAAAUGAAAAAAACUCUUGAAGACGAAAUAGAAAAUUUAAA